AUGUUUUUGAAACCAAACACGAAAACUCAUUGCUUCUUCUUAUUACCGGAUGCCGCUAUUGUACAGAUUGUUGCGGCCGAUAACAUUUUUGAUGAGACGUGCAGAUUGUGCACAAAGAAACAAAGAAACUUGCGCACAUUCGCCGCGAUCACCGUACGUCGGAGGAGUGGGAAAUGGCAGCAUCCCCAUUCCUCAGAAAGAGGGGGUCGCGGAGCAAUCCAUUAA